GACUGGCUGAUUCCCGCGGGUGGCUGCCCUGUGGGUAGGUGCCGAGUCCGGGAGGAUCUGGCUGUCUCUUCCUCCUCCUUUGGCCCUGGAGGGGAAGUCAGCAGCGCCCGGGAUCUGAGAGGCAUGUUCUGGAGUGCGGCUGCCACUUGUGUGCCCCUGGUGCAGCUCCUUCAGGGAAGGAAGGCUGGCGUCCCCCUCGUGCGGUGCUUGCACCAGACUCUCACCAUGGCCAAACAGCUGCAGGCCCGAAGACUGGAGGGGACGGAGCACAACCCCUGGGUGGAGUAUGUCAAGCUGGCCAAUGAAUGCAAAGACGCUGUCAACUUGGGCCAGGGCUUCCCAAACUUCCCUCCCCCAGAUUUCGCCGUGGAAGCCUUUCAGCGGGCUGUCAGUGGGGACUACAUGCUCAACCAGUACACCAUGGCGUUUGGUCACCCACCACUGACAAAGGUCCUGGCAAGUUUCUUCGGGAAGCUGCUGGGACAGGAGCUGGACCCGCUCACUAACGUGCUGGUGACCGUGGGAGCCUAUGGGGCCCUGUUCACAGCCUUCCAGGCCCUGGUGGAUGAAGGAGAUGAGGUCAUCAUCAUUGAACCUUUUUUUGACUGUUACGAGCCCAUGACACUGAUGGCCGGGGGUCGCCCUGUGUUUGUGUCUCUGAAACAGAGCCCCAGUCAGGACCAGGACCAGAUUUCCAGCAGCAGCUGGCAGCUGGACGCCACAGAACUGGCCAGCAAGUUCACAGCUCGCACGAAAGUCCUGGUGCUCAACACACCCAACAACCCCCUCGGGAAGGUGUUCUCCAAGGCGGAGCUGGAGCUGGUGGCCAGCCUAUGCCAGCAGCACGAUGUGCUGUGCAUCAGUGACGAGGUCUACCAGUGGCUUGUGUACGACGGCAACCAGCACAUCAGCAUAGCCAGCCUUCCCGGCAUGUGGGAACGCACCCUGACCAUUGGCAGCGCUGGCAAGACCUUCAGUGUCACCGGCUGGAAGGUGGGCUGGGUCCUGGGUCCCGAGAACAUCAUGAAGCACCUGCGGACUGUGCACCAGAACUCCAUCUACCACUGUCCUACACAGGCCCAGGCCGCGGUAGCCCAGUGCCUCGAGCAGGAGCAGCUCCUCUUUGGCCAACCCAGCAGCUACUUCGUGCAGCUGCCUCAGGCCUUGCAGCGCCGCCGUGACCAUAUGAUCCGCAGCCUGCAGUCCGUAGGCUUCAAGCCUGUGGCUCCCCAGGGAGGCUACUUCCUCACUGUGGACAUCUCGGACUUCAAGAGCAAGAUGCCGGACCUGCCAGGUGCUGCGCAUGAGCCCUACGACAGACGCUUUGCCAAGUGGAUGAUCAAGAACAAGGGCCUGGUAGCCAUUCCGGUCUCCAUCUUCUACAGCAGGCCGCAUCAGAAGGACUUCAACCACUAUAUCCGCUUCUGUUUUGCGAAGGAAGAAGCCACGCUGCAGGCAAUGGAUGAGAAGCUGCAGAAGUGGAAGGCUGAGCUCAAGUUCUGAGUUGGCUGCUGGGCAACUUGGGUGCCACAUGGGGCCUCUUUGUCCAGGCUCCAGCCAUUCCCACGUCACAGAGCUGGGACUGGGGACCUGCUGCUCUGGGAUCCAGACUAUUCCUAGGGAAGAGCCUGCGUUGGUCUGGGACUUCAUCUGUCCCCUCCUACAGUGCCUGCACCUCCUGUCUCCAGUGUGGGUAAGAGAGGCCUGAGGGCCCUCUGCCCCUUCCUGGGUCUGUUGUAGGCCCUUGGCCUCUUCUGGCUUAGCUGGGGAGAGCUGGUACCAUAGUGACCCUGAAUCUCAGCCCUGUUUCCUACCCUUUCCUAGCCCCAGCUAAAGCUCAGCCAUCACCUCUGCCUUUCUACAUCUAACAUUGAUCUCAAUUCUGUGUCGAGUCUUUUUUGCC